AUGGAUGGCUUCCGCGGCGCUCCAGCAAGGGUCUGUGACAACUGUCGCCGACGAAAGAUCCGCUGUAACCGCGAACAGCCAUGUGACAAAUGUUUGGAAAUCUCUUUGGUCUGUGAGUACAAUGAUAUCGCGCGCCGGAAAGGGCCCAAGGGUCGCCAGGCCCCCAUCUUGACCUCUCUGCGUUCGACAGCGAAACCAGAUGGCUCGUCGACACUGACUCACGACGCCCAGUCUAUCAACGAUGUAAUUGCCGAAUUUUCACCAGUGUCUAUGGUUUCAUUGAAUGACUGCCUGUCCUCAGCUGAUUAUGAGGUUUCGCUGUUGCCAUCUGAAAUAUUCACUGCCGGCCCGGCUCCAGGGCCGCCACGAAUCUCCUCCACGCAGCUUCAAGCGCAUUUACACGUCUUCUUAACAUAUCUAUAUCCCAUCAUGCCCGUUGUGGACAAGGAUGCCCUUCUGCUAGACUGUGCCAACCCCGAGGCAUUGGGUCCCCGUCGCUAUGCACUUCUGGUUGCCCUCUCUGCUGCCGCCCAUUUGCAGCUGAACCUCGAUAUGCCACAGACAGCCGCCACAGUCGAUAUACCCCAGUCAGGCCAAAGUCUCCUUAGAGAAGCAUUGCGGACGCUGCGGCAAUUCGACCCCCUUGAGGACCCACACGUUGACAACGUUCUCACCAUGUUCUUCCUGUUUGCUGCGUAUGGAAAUCUCCGCAAAACGCACCAGGCUUGGCAUUAUCUUAACCAAAGCAUUUGUUUUGCGUACAUGUUGAAGCUGAAUGUAGAGUCUACUUACACGACUUUGAAUCAGCAUGAAGCUGACAUGCUUCGGAGAAUCUACUGGCUUCUUUUUAUCACAGAACGUGCCUACGCCCUCCAAACUGGUCGACCAGUCAUGCUUCGAGCUACUAUUCAGAAGCCCGCAGUCUUCCGGUCCGAGUCGCCAAUGAUGAUGUAUGGCUUUAGCAACCUUGUCUUGCUCUUCGAGAAAAUCCUCCCUGAUUUCUACGACUGGAACCUCGGCGAUUUAGGUGAACCGUGCGAUCUCUCAUCUUUAGCGAAUAUAUAUAAGUCUGUCGCUUUCGCGUCACCUCUGCUAGACGAAGUUUCUGAGACAAGCCGGGUUGAUUUUGUCCUCACGCAGCAGUGGCUUCAAACCCGCCUGUGGCGAUUUUGCAUGAAUCGAAAAGACUUCUGCCAGGUGCAGAAUAGCUCAGAUCUACCUAUAAUGCUCCCAGCCAUAGCGGGAAAGAAUGUGAUGGCCUGCUUAUCUUCGGUAGCUCAGAAGUCAACUGAUGCACAUGGUAUUGGAGCAGUAGGUUAUAUUGCCUUCCCCCUUUUCCCAGCCCUUCUCUCGUUCGCCAAUCUUUCUGGCGGUGUAUCAAAUUUCCAGUGA